ACAUCUACGAAUAUUGAAUUGAAUUUUUCUUAACUUAUUACAAGAUGUAUGGCAUUGUUAAGGGUCUACUCCAGCUGCCUUGCCGUGUCCUGCAGACGCCGCCAACUCGCUUCAAGCUCGAUGCGAAAAACAUGUACGACAAGCUGAAGUUCGAGUUCACCGAGGAGAACUUGUGUCGGGCCCAGACAAUACUCGGCAAUGUGGGGGAGAAGGAGCAGCGAGGAGCUCUGCUGCCACUGCUGGACUUGGCCCAACGCCAACAUGGAUGGCUGCCGAUCACGGCCAUCACGGCUGUGGCAAACAUGUUAAAGAUCGAGCCCUUUGAGGCAUGGGAUGUGGCCAAUUACUAUACCAUGUUCAAUCUGCGACCCACUGGCAAGUUUCAUUUAACCGUGUGCAACUCGACACCUUGCUUUCUACGUGGCAGCGAUGUCGUCCUGAAUGCCUGUAAACAGAUAUUGCAGCUGAAGGAGGGCGAGACUUCCAAGGACAUGCAGUUCACCUUGACCACAGGUUGUUGCAAAGGCGCCUGUGUCAAUGCGCCUGUUUUGGUUGUGAACGAUGACAUCUACGAGGAUCUCACUGUGCCCGACUUGGAGCAGAUUCUCAGCGACUUGAAGGCGGAUGUUGUGCCACCAGCUGGUCCACGUAGCGGUCGUUUCUCCUCUGAGCCGCAAACGGGACCCACCACUCUGCUAAGUGAGCCACCUCCAGCUGGAUAUGGCAUGCAAGAUAUCUGCAAGAACAAGAACAAGCCAUGUUGAAGUCGUCCAGUAUUCUGUAUUCUGCAUCACGAUGGGUGCAUUUUGAUUUUAGGUCAAUAAACGUAGAGUCCUUGUGGCAGCAAUGAGCAUUAAA